AUGCAUACACAAGAGACGCAAGAAACGUGUACGACAAUUUCAGCAUGCUUGCACGAAGAACAAGAGUCAAAGUUAAUGCAAGCUCUUGAAGCUUCAACAAUGAGAAAAGUGCAGGCAACUGACGAUCAUAAAAAUUCUGAACAAAAAGAACCGACAAAAUUUAUCGAAAAUCAACAAAAUCCAACAACUUCAAAAGAAUUUUUCGACGAAUCUCGUGAAAUAAUCGAAACAAGUACAAAAACUUCAUUAAAUGGCGACGAGGAAACAAUUUUCAUCCCAGAUAUUGACGAAGGAAGUCCAAGGCCUGAACCCAAUAAAAGUGCAAAUCAAAUAUUUUUCACGGAAACCACAAACAUCGAUGGCGGUCCAUUAAUUCUGAAUGCGAGAGAAGCUUGUGCCGUCGAGUCAGCUGCCAUUUUUCAUCCAAAUCGUACCAUUUUUGUCAUUUUUACGGGACCAACGUACAAAAAUAAUUCAGAAUUAAUUAAAAUUCUCCAAGAAAAUUAUCCAAACAUCCAUUUUCGAAGCGCAAUUUUCGAAAAUAUCACAAACGGAAGUCCCUUGGAAGGCUUUACUAAAUUUCGUGAAUCAACUUUUCUGAGUGUUCACGUUUCCGACGCCUUGCGUUUAGUUCUUUUAUGGAAAUAUGGAGGACUUUUUCUCGAUUUAGACAUCGUAGUGCUCAAACCCUUCGAUGCCUUGAACGAAAAUUUCGUUUGUCGUGCCGCCAAUAAUCGACUUCAGAGCGGGACUUUGGAUUUUUCGGGUAAAGGAAUCGGGAAAAAAGUUUCGCAAAUGUGUCUUGAGCAUUUAAGAGACAAUUUUGAUCCGAAACUUUGGAAUUCGAAUGGACCGGAUCUCAUCAUGGCAGUUAUGAAGCGGAUUUGUAAGGUUAAGAUACCGGAUAUGAACGAGAAACGAUGUCAAGGCAUGAAAGUUUUGGCUAAAAAUGAUUUUUUGCCGCUUGGAGAAGCAAAACAGUACAUCGAUCAAGGAAAAAAUCGAUCAUAUCCUGAAAAAAGUGAAAAUUAA